AAGGAUUGAUUCAUUGGCACAGCCUGCCAGCAGCAGCCAUUGCAAGGCUUCAAAAAGCUUCAGUUCUGAUCUCUUUUUUCCAUUUUGGAAUCCUAUACAACAAAUGGGUCUCUCAGGUCUACCAACUCCAUCACAAGGAAUGCUAUAUGUUCUCUUGGUAAACGCAGCUAUGUCGUUAUCUGUAAUUAAAGGCAUACUUCGAUCCAUCCUUCAAAUUGUCGGUAUCCGUAUAUCGUCGCCAUCGACGUCAUCCCCGGAUUCGAUGCCAUCUUCCCCGGAUUCGAUGGAUUCAUCCCCGGAUUCGAUGCCGCAUUCCCCGCAUUCUAUUUUCCGCAAUGAAUUAGCCGCGUAUCACUCUGCAGCUGAAGUUUACCUCAAGGAGUACCGGAGUAGGAUCCCGACAAUUCGGUUGGACACUUUAAGCAUCAGCCAGCUACCCGAGCAUGACUGCCCGGUCUGCCGGUGUGAGUUCGAGCCUGACUCGGAGGUCGACCUCUUACCCUGCAGUCAUCUGUUUCACAAGGAAUGCUUGGAGACGUGGCUGAGGUAUUUGAGAGGUACUUGCCCCGUUUGCAGGUAUCCUCUGCUAUUCGAUGAAGUGAAUGCCUGCUAUUGAUGAGAAGAUUACAAGAGUGACGAGUUUGAGAAAAAUCUCCAGAGUGCAGCCUGUUUAAUACAAAGCAUAGGUAUAUAGAUUAGUGUUGUUAGGCUACCCUCAAGUUUACCUUG